CACGCGGAGACGGUGAGAGAGAGAAAGGUUACUGUGCAUAAAUUAGGGCACUCGCCGGAAUUUUGAUCGGCCGUUUGGACGGCCAAACGAUCUCUGUUUCGGCCCAAAUUUGGAGGAAGUACUCUAUUCGACUAGACGAACAACCCUGCGGUGGCUGAUUUUGUUUUUAACGGCCAAAUUUUCAGAUCUGAGGGUUUGUUAAACUUGAAAUGGCGGGAAGGACCAGAGGAGGAAGAUCAGAGAAGAAUGAGGAGUUGGAGACAGUUAGAGAAGAACUCCGAGAAGUAAGAAGAGAGUUGAGAGAAACUGUUGAAUUGAUGAGAGGCCAGGGUUCCAGGAGAGCAGGAGGUACCCAGGGCUAUGAGGAUUCAGGCCACUCACAUAGGAGGAGCCGCACUGAGAGGCCAGUAAUGAGCCAAAUGGAAGCAAUGAAGAGGUUCAUGGUGAUGCAGCCUCCAUCUUUUAAUGGAGAGCCUAGUGCUGCUGAAGCAGCUGAGCAUUGGUUGAGGAGGAUGAGAAGAAUUCUGGUGGGACUGGACAUACCUGAGGAAAGAAGGGUAGGUUUGGCAGCAUAUAUGCUUGUGGACAAAGCUGAUUUCUGGUGGGAAUCAAUGAAAAGGGUGUAUGAUACUGAGGUUAUGACCUGGGAGGAAUUUGAGAGAAUCUUCCUAGGCAAGUAUUUUGGGGAAGUGGCUAAGCAUGCCAAGAGGAUGGAGUUUGAGCACCUCAUCCAAGGAACCAUGUCAGUGCUGGAGUAUGAGUCACGUUUCUCAGAGUUGUCUCGUUUUGCUUUGGGGAUGAUCAGUGAGGAAGGAGAAAAGGCUAGGAGGUUCCAGCAGGGGUUGAGGCCUGCUAUUAGGAACAGAUUAGUCCCACUGGCAAUAAGGGAUUAUUCUGAGUUGGUUAAGAGGGCUUUGUUGGUGGAGCAGGACAUUGACGAAACCAACCAAAUUCGAGAGCAAAAGGGGGACAGAAAAGGGAAACAAAGAAUGGGGGAAAGUUCUCAAGGGCCACAGCAGAGGCAGAGGACUCAGCAGUUUGAGAGGCGUCCCUCGUUCUAUGCAGGAGGGGAGCAGAUUGCUCAGAGGGCGGUUGCUAAUAGAGUAUGUUAUGGUUGUGGAGCAGGAGACCAUUUAUGGAGGGCUUGCCCAUUGCGAGGCACACAGCAGGCUCGACCUCAGUCUCAGGGAAGUUCUCAGCAACAGUCAGUAGUGUCUUUCCAGCCCCCUCAGUUUCAGUUGCCUUACUAUCAGAUGCCACAAUUACCCCCAGCAGCGCAGGGAACCAGGACAACUACCACGAGUCAGACCCGCUCUUCUCAGGGGUCGAAUGCUAGAGGUAGGGGAAGGCAGGCAGCAGGAAGAGUUUUUGCCUUGACCCCAACAGAGCCAGAGGAGGAUGCCCUUUUGGUGGAAGGUAUGAUUUUGGUAUAUAGUACUUGGGUGCGUGUUUUGUUUGAUACUGGUGCAACUCAUUCUUUCAUUUCUGCAUCUUGUGCUAAUGCAUUGGGGUUGAAAUCGGAAAGGGUAGAGAAUUUGUUACUUAUUGAGUCUCCUAUGGGUACGAACUCUAGAGUUGAUAGAAUAUGCAAGGGGUGUGUUAUUACCUUGGCAGAUAGAGCACUAAAUGUGGAUUUGAGGAUUUUGGAUAUGACUGGGUAUGAUGUUAUUUUGGGAAUGGAUUGGUUGGCAGUGUAUAGAGCGGUUAUUGAUUGUCAUCGCCGCAGGAUAAUAUUUUGUUUGCCAGAGGGAUUUGAGGUUUGUUUUGUUGGAGGGAAGUGUGUUAGUUUGCCUUUUUCGCAGUCCGAUCCGUGCUAUCAGUAUGUGUUGAGGAAAGGAUCAAUAAAUUUCCUAGCUUGCCUUCGUGGUAAGGAGAAAGCCCAGAAGGACAUUACAGAAAUUCCAAUGGUGAGGAAGUUUCAGGAUGUAUUCCCAGAUGAGUUACCAGGUUUACCACCGCAUAGAGAGUUUGAUUUCUCUAUUGAAGUAUACCCAGGAACUGAUCCUAUUUCAGUAUCCCCUUAUAGGAUGGCCCCUCUUGAGUUGAAAGAAUUGAAAACUCAGUUAGAUGAAUUGUUGGGUAGGGGUUUUAUUCGUCCAAGUACAUCGCCAUGGGGAGCCCCAGUGUUGUUUGUGAAGAAGAAGGAUGGCACACUAAGGUUAUGUAUUGACUAUAGGAAGUUGAAUAGAGUUACUGUGAAGAACAAGUAUCCUCUUCCAAGGAUAGAUGACUUGUUUGAUCAGUUGAAGGGUGCAAAGUAUUUUAGUAAGAUUGACUUGAGAACGGGGUAUCAUCAAUUGAGGGUUAGGGAAGAAGAUGUUUCUAAAACUGCUUUUAGAACGAGAUAUGGGCAUUAUGAGUUCUUAGUCAUGCCUUUUGGGUUAACUAAUGCCCCUGCUGCUUUCAUGGAUUUAAUGAACAGGGUAUUUCGUGCUUACUUGGAUCAGUUUGUGAUUGUCUUUGUGGAUGACAUUUUGAUAUACUCCAGGAGUUUGGAGGAGCAUAAGCAGCAUUUGGUGACCACCCUUGGAACUUUGAGAAGGCAUCAGUUGUAUGGGAGUUGGACAAAAGUGAGUUUUGGCGUACUGAAGUGAACUUCUUAGGCCAUGUGGUUUCUGAGGCAGGAAUAGCAGUAGACCAUUCAAAAGUGGAAGCUGUACAGGAGUGGCAAAGGCCUACCAAUGUAUUUGAGGUUAGAAGUUUCUUGGGGUUGGCUGGAUAUUAUAGGAGGUUUGUGGAAGACUUCUCUAGAAUUGCAGCACCAAUGACUCGGUUGACUAGAAAAGGGGUGAAGUUUGAUUGGAAUGAGGAGUGUGAGAAUGCUUUCCAAGAGUUGAAGCGGAAAUUGACCACUGCUCCAGUGUUAACUGCUCCUAUUAGUGGAGAGUUGUUUACAAUUUAUUGUGAUGCUUCCACAGUGGGGUUAGGG